AACUGAACGAAGUGAACAAAUACGCCGCCAUUUUCUCUUGUGCAUUUCUAUGUCAAUAGUUUACUAAUAUCAAAAUUUCGGUGGGGUUUUGUUGGGGUAAAUUGCACAAUUUUCCCAUAAAAUUAGAUAAUUUUUGUUUAGAAUAGUGCAAAAAGUCUAGUGCGAUAUCGAGAAAAUGCUUGAACGCUGUUUGCGUUAUGUAAUGACGCAUCUAAUUGGCCAAUAAAGCCAUUGAAUAAGAUUCGUGCGUGCAUGCGAGCGAGCCGAGCUGUGGCCAACGGCAACAGCAGCAUCAACAUUCGUCCAAAUCGCAACCUGAAGCUGCACACCAGUUCAUUUUAAAACAUAAUCAUAUUAAUAGAAAAUUAAUUUUAGUGACGUUAAAAUAUUGAGGUCUCUACCUCAUUGCGCAGCUUACGCUGCUAAUUACAUAGAAAUUUUGGAACCCCUUUUAAUCUCCGUAGAAUAGAACGUAGCCCUUAUUCCGAGUGAACGUUGUUUGUGUUUCUGUGUGCACGUUCAAAGACCGAGGAAGUUUCCUCGAACUUUACUCUUGUGAACUAAGCUCGUUUCUACCUGUUCAAAGGUAAAACCGGGGAUAAGAAGAGUAAGAAGAAAACACUACGAAGACAAUAGGAAAGUAAACUAACAAAGGAGUUGAAACAUAUAUUUCGCUACAUAAACGUAGACUCCACUCGGUUAUAAUGGCCACCAGUGACGAUGAGCCCAUGCACCUUUAUGAGGUGUUUCAAAAUUGUUUUAACAAAAUUGCAAACAAACAGCCAUCCACAGGAGUACCCGAACGAAAUGGUGGCUAUCAAUCACCUUACGCUGGACUCGGUUUGGAAAAUGGUAUGUACCCCAAUGACGAUUUCAAUCCAAUGCAUGAUGCACCUGGUGGGAGUAAUCGAUUCGGUGAUACAAGUGCGGGAGUAAAUCAGUAUUUUGACACCAAUCUCGGAAAUGGAGGAGGUGUUCCACCAGGUGCAGGUGGGGGUCCUGGUGGAGGCUGGUAUCCUUCGCCAGUAGGUGGUUACGGCAAUCAGAACGCAUAUCAAAAUAACGGGCCUAUAGAUUCUCACCAUUUAACAACGCAACAGCAUCAUAACACCGAAGCACAACACCAUGGUAUGGGUAGUAGCAGUGCUAUGGGUGGUGGACUGCCUAUUGAUAAUGUUGGCAUGCACAGCCCAGUAACUACAUCUCUACCACCAAUGAGUUCAUUUCGAAAUGGCACUAAUAAUAUGCAGCAGAUUAGUGGACCAGCGGCACAUUCACCGGCAGCGCUUUACAAUUCUCCACAACACAGUGCCCAACAUAAUGUUUUAGCGACGGGAAAUGCACACGGUCAUCAUCCUCUUUCCCAUCACAACCAACCACAUAGCCCAGCGGUGCAGUCAGAUGCCUUUGGAGUAGGCGUUGGCAAUUUGGGCUUGGGUCCCAAAGGACCAUCUGCAACAGUUGGAAAUUCGACUGCCUCUUUGCGACAGCAUAUGUACAUGACUGCAGCUGCAGCGGCGGCUGCGGAUCAAAGUAUCAGCAGUUUUAGUUCGAAUCCCUCAACGCCAGUAAAUUCUCCACCACCUUUAACUCAAAGUGGCUUGGCCCAAUCGCUGCUAGAUAAAUCUGUUGUUGGCAGUAGCAGCGCCGGAGCACCUUGGGGUGCAGUUCUUAACAGUGCAGCCGCAGGUGUAAAUUCGGUUGGAGCAGGAGGUAUGGGAGUUGGCGUUGGUGGUGGUUAUGCCAGUGACGUUGGACCAUCUGGGCUACACACAAUGGCCGCAGUCUUCCAGGGAGCACGCAUGGAGGAGCGCCUUGAUGACGCGCUUAACGUACUAAGAAACCAUUGCGAACCCGAGCUAUUAAGCGGAGUGGGUGCAGCACUCUCUGCCAUGGAUAACAUGGAUGGGUUGUCUAGUUUUGUUCAAACAUCACCGCCUACACAUAUGAUUGGAGGAGUUGGCAGCGCAAGCGGUGUGUCAAAUCUUCAUUCGCCACAUGAUGUGUUGGCAGGUACAGGGCCGACAAUCGAUGCCGUCGGUAGCGGAAUGAAUGGCACGCCAUCCACAGUACCACAAAUUAAAAUGGAAAGAUCAUCAACGGCAACAACCAGCGGUACGGGUACAACGACAAAGUCAUCAAAGAAGCGAAAAGAAGCGGCAGCCACAGCCGCCGCUACAAUGUCGUCUGCUUCGGCUAACUCUGGCGGAGGUGCUUCUACCUCAUCCAUGAGUGGCGCUAUGGGUGGUAUUGUUGAUGGCGCUGAUACAAAACCUACAAGCUCAAUGGAGGCUACACAACACAACCAGCAAGGAAACUCAGGGAAAGGCUCCAAGCGACCCCGCCGUUAUUGCUCAUCAGCUGAAGACGAUGACGAUGUAGAGCCUGCAGUGAAAGCCAUGCGCGAAAAAGAACGACGUCAAGCAAAUAACGCGCGAGAACGGAUACGCAUACGCGAUAUUAAUGAAGCGUUAAAAGAACUCGGCAGAAUGUGUAUGACACACCUUAAGUCGGAUAAACCGCAAACAAAACUCGGCAUCCUAAAUAUGGCCGUAGAAGUGAUAAUGACGUUGGAACAACAAGUACGUGAACGUAAUUUAAAUCCGAAAGCAGCUUGCCUGAAACGUCGAGAGGAAGAAAAAGCAGAAGACGGUCCAAAACUUGCGGCGCAACAUCAUAUGUUGCCACAACCGCCAGGUGGUGGGGUUUACGGACAACCACCAUUGCCACAAGUGUCUGUACCGCCAGGCGCCGGCUUGUCAGUACCACAGCCACAAGGACCUGGUGUACAAUUGCCACCACAUUUGCAACAGCACAAUCAACCGCAACAUCCCCAACAAUAGCAGGCGACUGCAGCGGCAAUAGCAGCAGCUACAGCACUCAUGACUGAACCACCCACUUCCUUACCACCUUUUACCACACAACAGCAACAACAACAGGAGGCCAUCAACAAUAGUAACGCCAGUGCAACCAACGCCAUGGAUUUGGAGCAACAGAUAUUAAACAAUCUUUUUAGGCGAAGGCAUCCACCGCCACCGCAUCUACAACAUAGUGGUAGUAAUGCGCAUGUGCAAUUGCAACCCCAACAUGCACAACACCAACUGUAGAUAAGCAGACGCAGAAGGAAUUGCUGAAUGUAGAAUGCAGAAAAAGCGCAAUCAGAGUCUUUGUUGCUUAAUAUGUGGCAAUUUUCCUCUAAAGAUUGUUAUUUUGUUUUGUAGGUAGUUAGUGCACACAGCGCAUACAUAUAUAUUAUAUAUCAGUAUGUAUGCAUACGCAUAUGCAAAAACACAAAACGACACGCACAUGGCAGCGUCUCGAUUGUAUAUAAUCCAUAAUUGAUUAAGAAAUAUAUAGAACAUGCAUAUUUCUAUGUGUAUAACAUACAAUAUGUACAUAUGUAUGCAUUAUGUAGUAUUUAAAAUUAAUGUAUGUAUGAUUUUGUUUUUUACAACUUUGCUUGUGUUUUAGUGCUAUUUGCGUCUACCGAAUUAUGUUUUAUCUCACACUCUGUUUAGAUUUCAUCAACCUAUUUUAUUGCAAAAAAAAAAAAAA